GAUUGGUGUUAUGCGUUCGUGAACGUCAAGGUGAAAACCGGUGCAUAAUACAUGAAUAAUUGUGGUUAAAUCGACUACAUGUUUACGUGAAUAUUAGAUCGAUUAGAAUAUCACUGGCACUGACAGGAGGUAGCUCUGAAGUUCGAGAAAAUGUCGAAGACAGACGAAAACGCGGACACAGGGGACACAGGAGAUAAUUCUAAUGGAUCAUCAGCGGAUACCACGUCGUCUCGCGGCGGUGACUUCGAAACGAAGCUCGAAACCGAUCGAAGUAAGCGAUUUGAUUAUUUACUGAAACAAACUGAAAUAUUCUCCCAUUUUAUGACAAAUAAUCAGAAAGACAAAGCCGGAAGCCCUUUAAAGAUUAAAGCUGGCAGGCCGCGGAAGCAGCAGCCAGAGAUCCCAGUAAAAACCGAUUCCGGUGAUCACAGGCACCGUAAAACCGAACAGGAAGAAGAUGAGGAAUUAUUGGCCGAGAGUAAUGCUAGUGUGGCGCCAACCACGCGUUUCGAAUCGUCGCCACAUUACAUUAAAUCGGGUGAGUUACGAGACUAUCAAAUACGUGGCUUAAAUUGGAUGAUAUCCUUGUAUGAACAUGGUAUCAAUGGAAUCUUGGCGGACGAGAUGGGUCUUGGUAAAACUUUGCAGACUAUUUCACUGCUUGGAUACAUGAAACACUUCAGAAGCAUUCCUGGCCCGCACAUAGUCAUUGUUCCAAAAUCUACUCUGGCUAACUGGAUGAAUGAAUUCAAAAAAUGGUGCCCCUCUCUCAGAGCAGUUUGCCUCAUAGGAGAUGCUGAAACUAGAAACACCUUCAUUAGAGAUGUUAUGAUGCCUGGAGAAUGGGACGUCUGUGUAACGUCUUAUGAAAUGGUAAUAAAAGAAAAGUCAGUAUUUAAGAAAUUUAACUGGCGUUACAUGGUGAUCGAUGAAGCUCAUAGAAUAAAGAAUGAGAAAUCAAAAUUGUCGGAGAUCCUGAGAGAAUUCAAAACAGCUAAUCGACUUCUAUUAACAGGAACGCCUCUGCAGAAUAAUCUCCACGAAUUAUGGUCCUUGCUCAAUUUCCUAUUGCCAGACGUGUUUAAUAGUUCAGACGACUUUGACUCUUGGUUCAACACAAAUAGUUUCUUAGGUGAUAAUUCAUUAGUUGAAAGACUACAUGCUGUUCUCCGACCAUUCCUCUUAAGACGCUUAAAAUCUGAAGUAGAGAAAGGACUAAAACCCAAGAAGGAGAUCAAGGUAUACAUUGGUCUUAGUAAAAUGCAAAGAGAGUGGUACACUAAGGUACUAAUGAAAGACAUAGACAUAGUAAAUGGAGCUGGAAAGAUUGAAAAAAUGCGACUGCAGAACAUUUUAAUGCAACUGCGCAAAUGUUGCAAUCAUCCGUAUUUAUUCGAUGGUGCAGAGCCUGGACCUCCUUACACGACAGACGAACAUCUUGUUUACAACUGUGGUAAAAUGGUAAUCUUGGAUAAAUUGUUACCCAAAUUGCAGCAACAAGAGUCACGAGUUCUUAUAUUUAGCCAAAUGACACGAAUGUUAGACAUCUUGGAAGAUUACUGCCAUUGGAGAUGUUUUCAAUAUUGUCGUUUAGAUGGCAACACAGCGCACGAGGACAGACAACGUCAGAUCAAUGAAUAUAAUGCACCUGGAAGUGAAAAAUUCAUAUUCAUGCUGUCAACUCGUGCUGGUGGUUUAGGUAUUAAUUUAGCGACAGCGGAUGUAGUUAUUAUUUAUGACUCUGACUGGAAUCCACAGAUGGAUUUGCAAGCAAUGGAUAGAGCCCAUCGUAUAGGUCAACAAAAGCAAGUCCGUGUAUUCAGGUUUAUUACAGAAAAUACUGUAGAAGAAAAAAUUGUCGAGCGUGCUGAAGUUAAGUUACGUUUAGAUAAAUUAGUUAUUCAACAAGGACGAUUAGUCGAUGCAAAGCAAACAGCACUGAAUAAAGAUGAAAUGUUGAACAUGAUCAGGCAUGGUGCAAAUGAAGUAUUCGCAUCGAAAGAUAGUGCUAUCACAGAUGAAGAUAUCGAUACCAUUUUACAAAAGGGCGAAGCAAAGACAGAAGAAAUGAAACAGAAACUAGAAAGCUUGGGUGAAUCUUCUCUACGAAACUUCACAGUGGACGCACCCACUGAUUCGGUCUACCAGUUCGAGGGCGAGGAUUACCGUGAAAAGCAAAAGAUUCUUGGGUUGGGUAACUGGAUCGAACCACCAAAGCGAGAACGUAAAGCCAAUUACGCGGUCGACGCCUAUUUCAGAGAAGCUCUUAGGGUAUCGGAACCAAAAGCUCCCAAGGCACCGAGACCCCCGAAACAACCUAUCGUCCAGGACUUUCAAUUCUUCCCGCCACGAUUGUUCGAAUUACUCGAUCAAGAAAUUUAUUAUUUCCGUCAAACGGUAGGCUAUAAAGUUCCAAAGAAUCCUGAAUUAGGUUCUGACGCAGCCAGAAUUCAGAAAGAAGAACAACGUAAAAUCGACGAGGCGCAACCGUUGACGGACGAGGAGGUCGUCGAGAAAGAAAAGUUGCUCACUCAGGGCUUCACGAAUUGGACUAAACGGGAUUUCAAUCAGUUCAUCAAGGCGAACGAGAAGUACGGUCGUGAUGACAUAGAGAACAUUGCCAAGGAAGUGGAGGGAAAGACACCAGAGGAGGUUAUGGAGUACUCAGCGGUAUUUUGGGAACGUUGCCACGAGUUACAGGACAUUGAUAGGGUAAUGGCACAAAUUGAACGUGGAGAAGCGAAAAUACAGAGGCGAGCUGGCAUAAAGAAAGCUUUGGAUGCCAAGAUGGCGAGAUACCGUGCUCCGUUCCAUCAGUUGAGGAUAGCUUACGGUACGAACAAAGGUAAGAAUUACACGGAAGAGGAAGAUCGGUUCCUUGUUUGUAUGCUACACAAAUUAGGCUUCGACAAGGAGAAUGUGUACGAGGAACUUCGAGCCACGGUCCGAUCGGCGCCGCAGUUUCGUUUCGAUUGGUUCGUCAAAUCUCGCACGGCCCUGGAAUUACAACGUCGCUGCAACACCUUGAUCACUUUGAUAGAACGGGAGAACCAGGAAUUGGAGGAACGAGAGAGGCAAGAGAGGCGAAAGAAAGGUGGCAACAUAGGUGCGAAACCGGCCUCCAAGCGAAAACAAGAGAAUCUUCCAGCGCCCCAGGACAAGCCGAGGAAAAAGAAGAAAUAAGGACUGAAUCGCGAAUCCAAUUUCCUUGGCUGUCUAUUCAGAGAGCAUUAACUUG